GGACUACAUGAAUCAUAGCGACAACGUGUUCGUCUUGUGUUGUUCCCGCGACGUGGACCUCAUGGAUGCAGGGCUGUUGCGAGUAUUGACUCGUUCUGUCGCCCCCGCUGCAGAGAUAGCCGUUCGCAGUGCUGAGGAGUCAUUUCCUCCAGCGUGUCCCGUUCUGGAUAUUUCUGGGGGAAUCUAGAUCGGUUCUGGUCGAGUAUUUAUGCUGCCGCGACCCGGGGUUGAUCAUCACUUCUUCAGCUGUAUUCGUCGGAUUCGCAGCGAUUAGCAUAAGGCAGGGGUAUUGAUCAGUGUCGGAUUGUAAUAAUACGAGUGAGGUAAUAAAGAGCGUACCUUCGUGAACACAUUGAAGCGGAAGAGAAAUCGUUCCAGAGUCGUGAUUGAGAAAAAAUCAGUCGCGUUGUGAAGUCUCAAGUGGAGGUCAAAAACGUCGAGACAUUAUUUACAAUAUGGGUCUCAAUCCUGACGCAAAUCGUGGCGUUCCCAUGAAGGCCUAUUUUACCAACGGGACAUCGUCGGAAGUUCGUCGAUUCACAGUUGAUGAGGAUGUUUCAACUAAUGUGGAAUAUUUAUUUGAGAAGCUCCGGUCCAUCUUUCCUUCUCUGAGGUUCAAGCCGUUCCGUGUGAGCUGGAAAGGCGACGAUGUUCUGAUUUCGAGCGAUGGAGAGCUCAUGGAAGCGCUGUCGGAGUACGCUCAAACCAGGAACUUCUCCGACUCGUACGUUCCAGCAAUGCCGUUUAAAUUAUGCGUUAUAACUGCUGAACGCAGGAACUUCGAGGCUUCAGAUGCUGCAGCCGGCUUAUUCGUCAUACCUGAAAACAUCCUGAAUAUUUAUCUGACCGCAUUUGGAUUGAAGAAAGAUGAACACAAGGGCAAUGCGAAUGAAGACGCGAAGGAAUUCUGUUGCAAACAGCAAUUUAGGGUUGGAAAGCAUCAUCAUCACGGAAAUAAGGGACACAAUCGUUGCGGUAGUCAUCCCAGUCACUCGCGUCACGGCGCAUGCUGUUCGAACCGGCAUUCUUGCCAUCAUCGCGGGAGCACUUCGGAUGCGUCUGAUGAUAGCGAAGAUCAGGCCCACGCGUUUGAUGCUGACGUUGAACAUUGGCAUCGUGCUUGGAGAAGCAUCAUGAACUCUGUCGCUGGUCGACAAGGAGCUUGUUGGCAGGAGACGACGCAAGAAAUGAUUCCUACCAUGUUGUCUGCUGGAUUCAACUUGAACCAGCUCAUGGAAACCCUUACUGCUAACGGUAACGGAUGUGGCCUUGCUGAAGCUGCCAGCAACAACGGAGCUGAUGGUGCGAGCGGCGAAAAAAAUGUGGGUGAAGGUGCAUCUUCAAGUGCUAGUGAUCCUCAGAAGAAAGAACAGAGAUCCGAAAAUGAGCCACGCUCCCACUCCAGUCAACAAGGCGAUGUUCCGCUGUUCAACAACCUGUUCGACUUCAUGAAGAUGUUCAACCUCAAUCCAAAUGAAAACGCUUCAAUGAAGGACGUUAUGGGACUAUUUGGAGAUUUCAUUGGAAACGUUGAAAGAGAGCACGGAUCUCGAGGCCAUUGUCAUGGAGGAAAUCCUGCUUUCAUGAGAACUCGUAGAUGCGGAAAUAAGGGUGCCAGUGGAGGAUCGGAAAACCCGCAGGUACCGACGCAACAUGCGAAGACAACCGAUGCUGCUUCUUCUGAAGGAAAUCACGAAGCUCCGUAUCCAAAAACUAGUGGCGUUGUGGUUGAUGUCGAUAUUGACGACGGCGUUCCUAACAAUUCUGGAAAUGCGUCUGGAGAAAAGUCAGCUGAACAAUCUCCGGGGGCAGUUGCUGCUGAGUGGACUAUGGUGGACAAAGAACCGACCCCGGAAAAACAGGAUGACACCGCAAAGGAAACAGGUGCUCGUCCGAAAGUUCGAAAUGUGGAGAUCGUUAAGGGACCUACUGACCUUUAUCCAAACGUGGCUGGCGGGAAGAAAACUGUCGAAAAUCCCGCGACGAUGCGUCACGCAGGUAAUCAUUAUGCUUCUGAAUCAAUUCAUGGAUUUGUGCCUCACGAGAGUUACGACGUGAUCAUCAUUCUCAGCGCUUUACCGAACGUCACACGAAAUUUCGGAGCAAACGCCAGCAUUGUUUCAAAGGAUUGA